AUGAGAACCCAUACUGACGAGAAACCGUAUUCAUGUGAACAUUGUUCAAAGACGUUUUCCGUAGCUUCAGAUUUAAAGAAACAUCUGAGAACCCAUACUGGCGAGAAACCGUAUUCGUGUGAACAUUGCUCAAAGGCGUUUUCCGAAGCUUCAAGUUUAAAGAAGCACAUAAGAACACAUACUGGCGAGAAACCCUAUUCAUGUGAACAUUGUUCAAAGACGUUUUACGAAGCUUCAGAUUUAAAGAAACAUGUGAGGACCCAUACUGGCGAGAAACCGUACUCAUGUGAACAUUGUUCAAAGGCAUUUUCCGUCAUGCAUAGCUUAAAUUCACACCUGAGAACCCAUACUGGUGAGAAACUAUAUUCUUGUGAACAUUGUUCGAAGACGUUUUGCAAGUCUUCACAUUUAAGGAUACAUCUGAGAAUCCAUACUGGUGAGAAACCAUAUUCGUGUGAACAAUGUUCAAAAGCUUUUUCCUACCUGACAAGCUUAAAAUCACACCUCAGAACCCAUACUGGCGAGAAACCGUACUUAUGUGAACAUUGCUCCAAAGCAUUUUACCACCGGGAAAGCUUAAAAUCACACCUGAGAACCCAUACGGUCGAGAAACCAUAUUCAUGUGAACAUUGCUCAAAAGCAUUUUCUCAACUGGAAAGCCUAAAAUCACAUUUGAGUACCCAUCCUGGCGAGAAACCGUAUUCAUGUGAACAUUGUUCUAAGACAUUUUCCAAAGCUCAAAAUUUAAAGCAACACCUAAAUACCCAUUCUGGUGUGAAACCUUAUUCAUGUGAACAUUGCUCAAAAGCAUUUUUCUACCCGAAAAGCUUAAAAUCACACCUAAGAACCCAUACUGGUGAGAAACCGUACUCAUGUGAACAUUGUUCCAAAGCAUUUUCCCGCCAGGAUAGCUUAAAAUCACACUUAAGAAGACAUGCUGGCGAGAAAUUGCAUUUAUGUGAACAUUGUUCAAAGACCUUUUACAGCUCUUCACAUUUAAGGAGGCAUCUGAGAAUCCAUACUGGCGAGAAACCGUAUAAUCAGGAUUUCAUGUUGGUUGGAAUGCAGCAAGUGUGA